CGGACGAGAGAGACAACAGCUUCAUCUUCUUCCACCAACAACCCCCUCGCCCGGUUCUCCCUCGCCUGCGGUUUUUACCGUCAAAUCCGCUGAGUUUGCCAGAGCCCCAGACACGCCAGCCAGCCUUCGGUUACCCCUAAUCCUCCUACUCUACUGCCUUUGCCUCUAAUCCAUCAAUCGUCGCCAUGGCUGAGAUUCGCCGAAAGCUUGUCAUCGUCGGUGACGGUGCCUGCGGUAAAACCUGUUUGUUGAUCGUCUUCUCCAAGGGUACUUUCCCUGAGGUCUACGUCCCCACUGUCUUCGAGAACUACGUCGCCGACGUCGAGGUUGAUGGCAAGCACGUCGAGUUAGCCUUGUGGGAUACGGCUGGCCAGGAAGACUACGACCGUCUUCGACCUCUAUCCUACCCUGACUCCCACGUCAUCCUCAUCUGCUUUGCUAUUGACUCUCCGGAUUCUUUGGACAACGUUCAGGAAAAGUGGAUUUCUGAGGUUCUUCACUUCUGCCAGGGUCUUCCUAUCAUCCUUGUUGGCUGCAAAAAGGAUCUCCGCUACGACGCCAAGACCAUUGAGGAGCUUCGCAAGACAAGCCAGAAGCCUGUCUCCCCUGAAGAGGGUGAGGAUAUCCGCAAGAAGAUUGGUGCCUACAAGUACCUAGAGUGCUCAGCCAAGACCAACGAGGGUGUCCGGGAGGUCUUCGAGCAUGCUACCCGUGCUGCUCUCCUCUCCCGCUCCCGCCCCAAGAAGCACUCCAAGUGCAUGAUCCUCUAAAUCGAUCUUAAAUACCUGUUGAUGAUACCUUUGAUAUCCCGGCCUGAUUCAGCAUCGUCUUUGAAUCUCAGUUGCGGGCAACGUACCCAGAUGAUCAGGAUUUAAGCGGACGGAAGAGUGAAAGCGGUUCUGCAUCAUGGUUUUUCGGCUGGAGUUUGGUCUGUCAACUCUCGCAUCUACUCUCCGGCAGGCGUGCAACUUAGCGGUGGUUCUUGGGGCACUCCAUCAAGAGAGGCCUGAGGAUAUGAACACGAACUGCUAUUAGAGGAAGAGGAGGCUGCGAGGGAGGUGGAAUUUGCGCUUUGUGCGUGUAUGCGUGCGUGCGUAUGAGAAGUCUGGCGAGUUCAACCCAAGAGAAUACGGCUAUAUCAUAAACCUUUCUCCUUUUCACUGCUCUCCAAACUGUUCCGUGUUAAAUCAACUGGGGACGGAUGCUUGUUCCUAGGGUUACUCUUUUCUAUCUGUUCUUUCUUC